AUGUCUGUUCUCCAACCUUUUAUUCGUACGCGGACGGUAUCUUUUCCGGGAUUGCUUCCAAUAUUCACGACGGCUCUUAUAAGCUCUCCCACAGUUCAGCUAACACAGAGACGCUGGGCAUCAAAGAAGGGAGGUGGUUCGUCGAAAAGUAAGACAAAUCCGAGUGGGAAGAGAUUAGGCGUGAAGCGGUUUGCUGGGGAGGAAGUGUCGGCUGGCCAAAUCUUGGUUCGCCAGAAAGGAACACAGUUUCAUCCUGGAGAUCAUGUUGGUGUUGGGCGUGAUUUCACACUGUUUGCAUUGGAACCAGGGUAUGUCCAAUUCUACCGUGAUCCAGGGAAAGACGGACGACGAUAUGUGGGCAUUGUAUUCAAUCGUAAUGAUAGACUUCCACGCGACCCAACCGAGCCACGAUCUCGACGAUUUGGACUAAUCGACGUAGCAGCAUUCAAAGACGAACAAGACAGAAUAGCGUAG